GCUGGCUUCCUGGGUUGGGUGUUUCUCUGAGCGAAGCCAUUAGCUGUGAGGCGGCAAGUUCAGUCCCUCUCUUUGGCUGGCUGGGCCAGAAAGCUUCGGGAGGGAGUGAUCCCUCCAUCUCUUCUCCUCCCGCCAGUGCUAGACUCGGGCAGCAGCUGCAGGAGGCCAGCCCUUGGGCGGGAGACCAGAGCUCCGGCUGGAGGCGAGGGCGGAGGCUGACUGACCACAGACAGACUGCAGGGAGGACGGUUGCAGAGAGGGCGGGCAGGAGAGACAGCAGCGCCCCACGGCUUGAGCUGGCGAGGCUUUGGGAGCGGGCCCUGCCCAGAUUGUGGCCGCGACAGCAGCUCCCUGUGGAGGUCCCCGAAGAAGCACCCUUCCUCCUUGGCACCCCAGCGGCAGUGAGUCGGAACCGGGGUGAGAGCGUUCGAACUAGGGGUGGCUGCGCUCGGCUCCUCCUCUCGUACUCUGGAGCCUGUGGGAGCCAGGCCCUCCCUCGGCCUCUCUCCGCCUCUGACCCUCCCUCCCUCCUUGCUGUGCCUGGGUCGGAGGUGCCGGGACGCCUGGGUCCUUGGGCUGGUCAGGAGGGGCAGAGUGGGAAGCUGCCUUCGUCAUGGUGCCCGCCGGAGGUGUCUAUGCGGUGAAGAAGAGGAAGAAGCCGGUGCCAAAGAGUCCCAAGCCCCCCCCUCCUGAAGGUGCCAAGUCCAACCCUUCGAAAAGACACCGGGACCGCCUGAAUCAGGAACUCAACAGGCUGACCAACUUGUUGCCCUUUCCUGAGGAUGUCCAGGCCCGGCUGGACAAACUCUCCAUCCUCAGGCUGACUGUGGGUUACCUGAAGGUAAAGAGCUACUUCACAGCCAUUUUGAAGAACCCUAGCGCAGGUCAGCCCGAAGAGCAAUCUGCAAAUUCAGGAGGGGAUGUCAAGAUGCCUCCCGACAUCAACAAAGAUGCCUUUUCUGAAGGGGACUUGCUUCUUCAGGCUCUCCAUGGUUUUCUAAUUGCAGUCACUGCAGAUGGAUAUAUCUUCUAUGUCUCUUCUACUGUGCAGGAUCACCUGGGAUUUCAUCAGUCAGACAUCAUUUACCAGAGCAUAUUUGAGCUGAUCCACACCGAUGACAGGACCACGUUCCAUCACCAGCUGCACUGGUCCCUGAAGCCCACGUCAUUCAGGGAAGCAGAGCAAGACUCCAGAUCUCUGCCUGAGAAUGAAAGCCCUCUGAACAGUGGUACCACCACCUGUGACCCUCAGCACCUGCCACCAGAGAAUUCUUCCUUUCUAGAGAGAAGCUUUGUCUGCCGAUUGCGCUGUUUGCUGGACAACUCUUCAGGAUUUAUGGCUUUGAAUUUCCAUGGUCGGUUGAAAUUCCUCCACGGGCAGAAUAAAAGAGCUAAAGAUGGAUCCUUCAUGCCACCUCAGUUGGCUCUGUUUGCUUUAGCAGUGCCCCUCCAGCCUCUCUUCCUCCAGGAACUCCGGACCAAGAUAUAUUUUUUUCAGACCAAACAUAAACUGGACUUCACACCAAUGGCUUGUGAUGCCAGAGGAAAGGUGCUUCUGGGUUACACAGAAACUGAGUUGUACAGGACAGGCUCUGGAUACCAGUUGGUCCAUGCAGCAGACAUGAUGUAUUGUGCUGAAAAGCAUGCAAAAAUUAUGAAGAUAGGUGAGAGUGGAAUGGUCAUCUUCAGGCUGCUUACCAAGAAGGCUGGCUGGCUGUGGGUCCAGUCCAAUGCCAGGCUCAUGUAUAAAGGAGGUCGACCAGACUGCAUCGUUGCUCGGCAGAGAGUGCUCUCGAAUGAAGAAGGAGAGGAACAUCUGCACAAGAGGGCCUCCUCAACCUUUAACUUCACCACAGGGGAAGCUAUUUUGUAUGAGAACAACCUUCCAGGCUUCCUCAACUCUCUCCAUCCCAGGAAGGAAUUCAGGGCAAAGAAAGAAGUCAACCCCAAUUCCCGUUUGGGGGCCAUGAUGCAUCAAGAUGAAUCUGUGUAUGUUUCCCAGGCUAUCUCUGUGCCCUCGUUCUCCCUUACUGAUGUUAUUCAAGCCCCCAGGGAAUGGGGUUGGGGUUCCAAUGACAAGGAUGAAAAGCUCAUCAAAGAGGACAGUGAUUCCCUUUUGACCAUCAUUGAGACAUUAUUUGAGAAAAAUGAGACUGGGAAUGACAUCUACAAAAGUGCCCCAAAUUUGGAUGCUGAUGACCUCAAAUUAUGGAGACGGGAGGAGCACAUGUUCCUAAUGAACCAACUGGGAUCCCCAAGCUUCCAGGGAAGACUUGAGCAGGGAGUGUCCUCUGUUAGGGAUGAGGUGAUAAUCUCACCAGAGAAUGGAAAGUACAUGGACUUCUCACCACUGAACAUCACAAUGUCUUUACAGUCACCAAGGCAACAAGCUCCAUUGAUGAGAACAUCUUGCAAAAACACUCCAAAUAAUGCCCUUCAGUACUUACUCACAAACUCCACCAAGGAGAAGGAUGCAGGCCAUUCCCAGGAACACUACUGGCAUUCCUUGGGCCCUGAUGCAGUUGUUCAUUUGCCUCCUAGAUUUCAGGAAAUCUUACCAGACUUCCCCCAGCAGACAGAUGGACAGAGUUAUGAUAGUCCUUUGCCCUUUGAAAAGAGCCCAAAUUCCAUGUCUACCCCUAAUAUACCGGGAGCAUUUGGACAACCAAGCUCCAUGUCCGCUUUCUCACAUGGCACCAGUCAGUAUCCCCUGGAACCAAGCCUAGGCAAUGCUACAACCCCAUUUCCACCAAAAAGCACAUCAUCUCUUUCUCCGGAAAGGGAAGGUCCUGAGAAGAAGACCCAGCCCAGCUCUCUGUCUGAUGCAUCUGCCCAGUCAGUUCAGAUCAGAACACACACGCACAGUAAUAAGUGGCAUGAUCCAGAGAUUGUGGAGAACUCAGGCCUUAGUGCUUCUCAGGGUCUGCCUCAGGGUGCCGUGCCUAGAUGCAAUAUGGACUCCGCCACCCUAGGAGGACCUAUGGAGGUAAAAGCACAAUUCAGAACAAAGAGAGCUCAGGCCGAUGCACUUGGAGCCCAUGAGACUAGCCCAUGGAUUUCUUCCAAGUUGGCUGAUUACCCUAAAGGGGACAUGAAAGGUAUGAGAAUGAGUCCACUUUCCAGUCCACAGCAGGCCCAGAGGACAAUGAUGCCAUGCUUUGGGCAACAGUCCACUCCCCUGGAAGGUCAUCAACUUCCAGGAGGCCAUUCUUCUCUUUGGCCAACCCUCCAGCAGGGACUCUUAACAGUCACAGGCAUUUACGGUGGACAGCAAGAGUUCUCAACCCAGCAUCAACAGCCAUUGGUGCAAGGGACUGAACUUUCUCCAGUGCCCCCCAGGAUAGCUCUGGGACAUCCUGGUGUGAUUCUCAUGGAAGCAGCAAGGCACAGCACCCAUCACCAGCUUGCCCCUGAUAGGGAGGCCCCACAGAGGGCUUCUGCUUCUACUUCAUGGCAUAACGAAUGCUCACUGUCCUCACCCGAAUAUCAAAGCAACAUGCCAGCGAUGGAAAGGAACAUCUCUCCUCAAACGAGUCACACAUCGCCCUUUCUUGCAUCCCCCAAUAUCAGCAGCUCAUUGGGAGAAGCCCCAUCAUGUUGCACAGACAGACUCAUCGCCUCAGCCCCUGGGAGGGACAAGAGGCUGGAACUGGACCGGAGACUCCUUCCCCAUCCCUUAGACUCUCCUUUCUCCCACAAGUUAUUGUUAGAACAACAACAAGAUGCUCAGCCGAUUUUCAGUUAUGAUGUUCCCUUCAAGCCAAGCCAUCAGAAUGAAUAGUCGAGUCCCACAGGAUUUCCUGCUCAUGUCAAUCCCCCUGAAAUAUAGUUUACUCCAAGUUCUGAAGUGAAAUCAUCAUAUCCUUCUUGGAGCUGAGUUUUUCUGAGGGGUAAUUUGUGGCCUCAAUAAAACAGUUCUCUUUCUUGGAACUGAAUUUCCUGAAACUUUUCAAAGGAUAUGUGAAUAUUACUUUGAUAAAAACAAACAAAGAAAA